CAAAACUGUACAAUCUAAAGUGGACUGCAUUUUGCAAGAAGUUGAGAAGUUUACAGACCUAGAGAAACUCUACCUCUACCUUCAGCUGCCUUCGGGUCCCAACAAUGGAGACAAAAGCGAUCAGAUCUCCAUGUCAUCCAGCCGUGCCCAGCAGAUGCACGCCUUCUCGUGGAUACGGAACACCUUGGAAGAGCACCCUGAGACAUCUCUUCCCAAGCAGGAGGUUUAUGAUGAAUACAAGAGCUAUUGUGACAAUCUUGGCUACCACCCAUUAAGUGCUGCUGACUUUGGAAAGAUCAUGAAAAAUGUCUUUCCAAAUAUGAAGGCCCGUCGUCUAGGCACAAGAGGCAAAUCAAAAUAUUGCUACAGUGGACUGAGGAAGAAGGCUUUUGUGCAUAUGCCUACACUGCCCAACCUUGACUUUCAUAAAACUGGAGAUGGGUUGGAUGGGACAGAGCCGUCUGGGCAGCUGCAAAGUGCUGAUGAGGAAGUUGUCUCUGCGGCCUGCCGGCUUGUUUGUGAAUGGGCCCAGAAAGUGCUGAGCCAGCCUUUUGAUACAGUCUUGGAACUGGCUCGUUUCCUUGUAAAAAGUCACUAUAUCAGUACCAAGUCAAUGGCAGCUUUAACAGUAAUGGCAGGGGCACCAGCAGGAAUAAAAGGAAUCCCCCAGCCCUCAGCUUUUAUACCUACUGCUGAAAGUAAUUCCUUUCAACCGCAAGUGAAAACUCUGCCAUCUCCUGUUGAUGCCAAGCAGCAGCUGCAGCGUAAGAUCCAGAAGAAGCAGCAAGAACAGAAACUGCAGUCUCCUUUGCCAGGAGAGUCUCCAGCGAAGAAAACGGAAGGCACCACAACCAAUGGUGUGACCAGUAUAUCUAAUGGAAGUCCUGCAAUUCUGUCUCCUCCGCCUAUUGGCAUUGUUGUGGCAGCUGUUCCCAGCCCGAUACCGGUGCCAAGGACCAGGCAGUUGGUGACAUCUCCAGGUCCUAUGGGGUCGUCUGAUAGCAAGGUCCUGCCACUCAACGUUCAGGUGGUCACUCAGCACAUGCAAUCAGUCAAGCAGUCACCAAAGACUCCCCAGAACGUUCCCGCCAGCCCAGUUGGUGACCGCUCUGCCCGGCAUCGCUACCCGCAGAUCUUACCGAAGCCAGCAAAUACGAGUGCUCUCACCAUCCGCUCUCCCACGACGGUGCUCUUUACCAGUAGCCCAAUCAAGACUGUUGUGCCAGCUCCACAUGUGAAUUCCUUAAAUGUGGUAAAAAUGACAGCAAUAUCUCUGGCCCCAAGCAGCAGUAGUGUGCCUGUCAAACAGACGCCUUCAGUUAGCAGUAGUGCAGGAGCAGUGGAAGAAGGGAGGACUGGUCCACAGAUCAAAAAUGGAUCUGUUGUUUCACUUCAGUCUCCAGGAUCCAAGCCUAGCACUGUCGUAGCUGCGCCUGCAGUCAAGAUCAAAAUGGAACCAGAAGCAUUGCUGGAUGAGAACUCAGUGCAGGGCCAAGAGAGCUCUGACGUGUCUAAAUCCAUAAAGGCAACCCCUGACCUGCCUCCUGCUCAACUAAUUAAUUUUGAGGUUGCAACCUUGAAGGUUUCAGCUGAUGAUGUCAUGGAGGCAAAACCAAUUAAGGGCUGUGAUCAGGGAACUGAAGAAGCAGGGACCAAAUAUAAAACACAGUCCAGUGAGAUCACACCAGUUUCUUCAGCAGGCAAUAAUCAAAGCACUCUAAAGCUCUCAGUUGCCAGUCAAAACUUGUCCAGCACCAGCAUCGGUUCACCUCCUACUGGUGAGUCUACGAUUAAAGACAAAACAUGCACUAAAAGUCCAAGAAAGCGACAGCCUUCUACACUUCAGGAUUCCCAGGUACCACCUGUAAAGAAACCACUGGUGGAGCAGCUUUCAGCUAGUAAUGCUGUGGAGGGUCAAAAAGCAAACAGUGUUAAGAAGUCUCCAAAGGUUGGAUCAUUAGCUAACAGUGACAAUACAGCAACACUUGCUCAAGUUCCCAGCAAGGUACCUGUGAAGGUACCUGUACCUUCUGCAGCUGCAGCAAACUUAGCAACAGACCUUUCUUUGAGCACCAAUUUAAAUACCAGUGAUUCUGCUUCAGGACAGCAGCUUGCAUCAGCAUCAUCUCCAGACAUAAAAGUAAAAUUGGAAGGAAACGUGUUUAUCAUAGAAAAUGAUUCAAAAUCUGAUGGCAGCUUUAACCCAAAUACAUGGCACCAUAUCUCCAAAACCUCCGACUUUGCAUCUGUGAAUUUUGAACAGCAGCAAGAUAUCAGUGUUAUGACUAUGGCAGGGCACUCUGGCUCUAGUGACUUACAGGAACUGGCAUGGGAGCCAGUGCACUGUGAAGGUAUACAGCAGGAUGCAUACAACCAGCAGUUACAGAGCCAGGUCCAGGACUCCUCCUUGGGUCAGAUACAAGCACAGUCUUCAAACCAGUUACCUCUGCAGUCUGAGUUGAAAGAUUUUGAACAUACAGUCCCUCAGUCAAACGAAAACUUCUUUUCAUUUGAUGAUGACCUUACCCAGGACAGCAUUGUGGAGGAGCUGGUGCUCAUGGAGGAGCAAAUGUCCAUGAAUAAUUCUCAUCCUUAUGGUGGUUGUCUAGGAAUGGCACUUCAGAGUCAGACUGCAGCUCAAGGAGCUCCCGUGUCAUCUCAUCCAAGCAGCACGCACUUUUACCAUUCGAUCCAUAACAACAGCACUCCGAUUCACACUCCCACACCCACCCCCACCCCAACUCCCACCCCCACCCCAACUCCAACACCCACCUCCGAAAUGAUCGCUGGAUCUCAGAACAUGUCCCGAGAGAGCCCUUGCUCGAGGCUGGCUCAGACGACUCCCGUAGACAGUGCUCUAGGAAGCAGCCGGCAUACACCUAUUGGCACACCACAUUCAAACUGCAGCAGCAGUGUCCCUCCAAGUCCUGUGGAAUGCCGAAACCCGUUUGCGUUUACUCCCAUCAGCUCCAGUAUGGCUUACCAUGAUGCCAGCAUUAUAUCAAGUAGCCCCGUGAAGCCAAUGCAGCGGCCUAUGGCUACGCAUCCUGACAAAACCAAGCUUGAGUGGAUGAAUAACGGCUACGGUGGUGUUAGCAAUUCGUCGGUUGCAAACCACGGCAUCCUUACGAGCUAUCAGGAGCUGGUGGAAGACCGCUUCAGGAAACCUCACGCUUUUGCCGUUCCUGGCCAGUCGUACCAGUCUCAGCCGCGCCACCAUGAUACUCACUUUGGUCGCGUGACUCCUGUUUCACCUGUGCAGCACCAGGCAGCCCCUGCCAGUAGCACCACCAAACAAGAGGGCUUUGCUGUUCCUGCUCCUUUGGACAACAAGGGAAGCGGUUCCUCUCUCAACAACAGUCUGAGAUGCCGGAGCGUAAGCCCUGCUGUCCAUCGCCAGCGUAAUCUCAGUGGAAGCACUGUUUACCCUGUUUCGAAUAUACCACGCUCUAACCUGACACCUUUUGGAAGUCCAGUGACUCCUGAAGUUCACAAUGUAUUUGCUAAUAUCCAUGCAGACACCAGUGCCAAUAACAUAGCGCAAAGAAGCCAGUCAGUCCCGUUGACUGUGAUGAUGCAGACAGCCUUCCCCUCUCUUCAGAAACAAACAAACACUAAAAAAAUAACCAAUGUGUUGUUAAACAAACUUGAUUCUGAUAGCGAUGAUGCAGUGAGAGGUUUGGGAGUGAACAACAUGCCCUCAAAUUACACAGCCAGGAUGAAUCUCACUCAGAUUUUAGAGACAUCCGCCGCUUUUCCUAGUGCCAACCCACAAAAUAUGAUCAAUUCCAGCACUUCAGUUUAUGAAUUCCAAACACCAAAUUACCUCACAAAAAACAGCAGCACCGAUCAGAUCAGUUUUUCUUCUGGAGAUAACCAAGCACAAUCAGACAUCGGAGAGCAGCAGUUAGAUUUUAGCAGCACUGUAAAAGACCUUUUAGGGGAGGACAGUCUGCCAACAAGCCAGCAGCUGGUGAAUCAGGUGGCAUCAGAUCUCAAUAACGUUCCAUCUGUCUUUCCCAACGACAUCAGGUUGUCUUCCGAGCUCUCAGGCAGCAUUAAUGAUCUGAACACUUUAGACACAAAUCUACUGUUUGAUCCAGGUCGUCAGCAGGGACAAGAUGAUGAUGCUACACUGGAGGAAUUAAAAAAUGACCCCUUGUUUCAACAAAUCUGCAAUGAAUCCAUUAGCUCAAUGACUACAUCAGGUUUUGAGUGGAUGGAGAGUAAGGAUCAUCCUGCUGUUGAAAUGUUGGGUUAAUCUUGUUUUGUAAUAUGUAUGUAGCACACUGUAUCUAAAAGACAGACGUAUUGUAUUUGUCUUAA